ACGAACACAACGGUGGACUUAUUUCACGUCUACUGCAACACAUUUCUUUCGUUCAAAAACAGUUUUAUUUUAUUUUACGACAGUUGCCGUUUGUUAUUGUUUUAAUUGUUUGUGGCUGUCGCAGUAAACCAUUAGUGUUUCAUGCGAGGUGUUCGCCCCACUUGCCAAAACGACCCGACGUUUGCACCUGUUUGCCAACAACAAUCGUAUCUCAAACCAUUCAACACCUGUUUUAUUCUCUUCUAGAUCGGAUACCCAAACAGAGAACAUCAACUGUCAAUCAAUCAUCGGUACUAACUCACUCGUUUUAGUCUACUUGAUGAGCCGACCAUGAAGCUUCCAUUUCGAUGUAAAAACUAACAGCCGUCAAUGAGGAAUCGCCGACUGUUUGAAAAUUAAUUUACGAUCCUAGUUGCGAAUUCAAAAGAUAUUGCUAGUGAAUUGCACCGACGUUCCCAGUGUCCCUCGCAAGAAAGAAGUACCCGGUCGUCGACCUUGCCACAACAGACACCAACGAACUCAAAAGGAAAAUAAAAAAAUGACUAACGGUGAAGUCUGUCGCUCAAUUCUCAAGAUGCAACAUAUUCGCUGGAUUUUGCUUGCCGUGUUGAUAGGACUGUGUGUUAUGGCCAACACUUCGGCAGUGCGGGACGAUGGCGAUCAAAUUCUCGCGCGAAACGGUUUGAAUUCAUCGAUGCUGUCCCGCUGGUGGAGGUCGAAAGACAACCGGUCGGACGUGAAUGCCGAGUUACGGCAUUACCAAUGGCAAUUGCAUCAGCGGCAACGGCAGCAAAAUCAACGCGUCAGAUCGCAAGAAGAAAACAGGAAACUCUGGUUAAUGUGGAACGGAGCGCAGGAGAAACUCGACGAGGAGAAUGACGACCAGGUAACCAACGAACAAGAAACGAGCGCAAAUUCCACCAGCCAAAAACAGACGGAGGAGAGUCUCGUGCUUUUGGAGAAUCUCGUUCACCCCGAAGAAGAAUUGCUGGACGAAAUCAACGACCGUCAAAUUAUCCAGGCCGUUAUUGCCAGCAUGGCUCAAUGGAAUCUGCGCAAAUUGCAAAAGAUGCAGCGCAAAACAGACAGACAUCGCAGUCGUCGCGACGAGGCGAUGGUCUGCUACAACGAGCUGGGCUGCUUCCGCGACGAAGGUCCGUUUAACUAUUUGGACCUUUUGCCGGCGCCCCCGGAAGAGAUCAACACGCGCUUCUUCCUCUACACUCCACGCAACCGCGAUACCCCUCAUCCGUUGUGGUAUAACAACGCCAGCACAAUCAUGACGUCACCUUACAACGCCUCGCUACCCACCAAAGUCAUGAUCCACGGUUUCGGCUCUUCGUGUCAGCGUAUCUGGGCCAAAGAGAUGAGAACGGCCCUCAUCAGUGUCGGAGACGUCAACGUGAUCUGCGUCGAUUGGGAAAACGGUGCUAAUUUGCCUAACUACGUCAGAGCAGCUGUUAACGCGCGUUUGGUCGGACGUCAAGUGUCUCUCUUGGUCACUGCCAUCAAUGGAAUGCUCGGCUCGAAGAACGGCGAUUUCCAUCUCAUCGGAUUCAGUUUGGGCGCUCAUGUGGCCGGAUUUGCUGGUUCCGAACUCCGCAACGUUAGUCGCAUCACUGGAUUGGAUCCGGCUGGCCCGCUGUUCGAAAACUAUGACCCGCGAGUUCGACUCGAUUCGACCGACGCGGACUUGGUCGAUGUCAUCCAUUCCAACGGCGAGAAAAUCUACAUGGGAGGGUUAGGUGCCUGGGCACCGAUGGGCGACAUUGAUUUCUACCCAAAUGGUGGCAGGAUGCAGAAAGGAUGUACUAAUCUAUUCGUCGGAGCCGUCAGUGACAUGAUUUGGUCAUCUGCCGAGGAAAACGGACGGAGUUUGUGCAACCACCGACGCGCCUACAAAUUGUUCACGGACUCGGUAGUACCCGGUUGCCAUUUUCCAGCCUUCGCCUGCGAGUCUUACGAAAAGCUCCUGGAAGGUGACUGCUUCCCGUGUGUUGAUGCUGAACAAUGUUCCAAUAUGGGUUUCUAUGCCGAUAAAUCGCCCGGCCGGGGAAUCAUGUACCUAGCAACACGCGAAGAGGAACCCUUCUGUGCCAAUCAAUAUCGAGUGCAGCUACAGAGCUCUACCACGCUGCAACCUGUUACCACCCAGGGUAAGAUCGAACUCAUUCUCAUUGGAGCCAACAAUUUCAACGAGACUUUCACCUUGACAAAGGGCCCUGAUUACGAGUUAACCAGCGGUGGUAAACUGGUACGGCUGAUUGUGCCACACCCAACCUUUUCUCCACCGGCUAAAGUUCAUGUCGUAUACACGGCCUAUCAAGGUUGGAUUUACAGUGGUUUGACUAAAUGGCCCGUCGACAAACUCGUCCUGACAGAUAGCUACGGAAAAAGCGUAUCGUUCUGCCAGAAAGGAAUGUACUUGGAAUCCGGUAAAGCUCUUGCCAUAACUCUCCACCCAGGUGAAUGUAAUCCAGCACCUCCACCUUCUCCAACGUUGACCAACAGCCUCGUCAAUAACAAUCAAACGCCAUUCCCAAGCAGGCAACCACUAGAUUCCGGGCCAUUAGAUAACGAAAUACCGGUAUUGAACGAAAUCCGAUUCCGUUCACUUGAUGGCGAUACGGUAUCCAUUGGUGGACUGUUACCAAACCAAACAGCUGAGCCCAAAUCGACAAUUUCAUCGAUUACUCGUUCCAAUGCCACCAAUAACAUCUACCCGUACGGGAAUGUUCCCUUGGCUUUGUUACAACAACAAAUUCCAGCUGAUAUCAAAGUGGGUGGUGGAGGAGGAAAUAGCGGGAGCAACGUGCCGACUAGUAGCAAACGGCCCAGCUUUUACCAGUGGCCAUUGGUGGGCAAUUUCUUCGGCAGUAACGGUCGGGCUCGUUUCAAGUCUCUUGGAGGUAAUGGAGGAUCAGGUCGUAAAUACGAGCCACAAGGGCAAUUGACUCCACCAUCCCUUCAGCAAUUACAGCAAGGCGUCGUAGUUCAGUCGAACAAGGAAAGCCCAUCAAAUUCCAGGCGGCCGUUCACUCGACGGAAUAAUCCACAGCAAACAAUGAGCGUCGAAGAUCAGACGAAAGUCGAAUACUACCUGCUCCGACAACAACAACUUCAUUUGCAGCAACAGCAAAUUCGACAGGCCAAUCGGUUGUUAUGGGGAAACUCCAACAGGUCACAACAGCUCUCCAUUCGAGGGCAACAACAAGCUCUUGCGAACCAGCAGUACUACCAACAGUGGGUCCCACAACGUCAGGUAGUUCCUCCUCCACCACCACCACCUCAAUGGCGACCGGAUGCCCUUGUCGAAGCGGAAAUAACACGUUAUUCAACGAAGCCUGUUGUACAAGGAGAACUGUCAAUGCCACUGGAUCACAUGCAACAAACGUUUGCUCAGACUUUACUAAAUCCAUCCAAUCAGCAAUUUAUUGAACGAUUUAGGAAUCAACAACAGCAGAACGUUCAUCAACUUCGGUCAAGCAUGGUUGUUCCAGGUACAGAGCUAACAACUACUCCGACUCUAACAAGUACGGGUAGUUUAAUUGUAGCAAACAGUGUACCAUCAUCUUCUACCACCAUUUCCAGCAGUCAGGUAACACUGACCACAAUGACAAUCAGCAACACAAUGCAAUCCCACAGCCAGCAAACAAUCCGACAACCUGAAAUUGAACAAGCUUCAACACCGAGUGAUAAUCUAGUAGUAGAUACAGCCCUAGAGCAAUCUGAGAAUCUUCAGAUCAACAACGGAAUGAAAGCCAACGAAGAUCCGGGACUGUCUCUUGCUACCAUCGAAGCAGCUACGUUGCUUUCAGUCAAGGCUCCUCCUUCGAUUAAUCAUCGUCAGAUAAACGAAACGACUAUUCAACCUGUUAAUAAUAAUCUCUCGUCUUCGGCGGAAGUUACAUCAUCAACACCUCAGAACACGACUGCAACAACACUCGAUCUCAAUGACGAAUUGAUCCCUACGCACCAGACCAUCAGUCCGAGCAAUGUAACGUUAUCAAUAACCACUGUCGAAGAUGUUCUCAUUCAGCCAGUGAAAGAGAACUCGAAUGCAGCAGUAUUGUGGUCAGAUUAUCCACUAGCACCUGACGGUGGUAGCAGUCCAAUAUUACUGUCUGAAGAACUAUAUCCUGAUCCGGAGCAACUAGGCCAGGCAAGAGAUGAAUACUGGUCUGGUAGAGCUCAGACGUCUCGGAUGAAGCAGAUCAUUUCUUCCCCUGUUGUGGCCAUUGUCGGAUCUACUUAUUAUCCACAUCAGUAUGCGGCAAUGCGACCGUCUAGGCUACACUUACAAGAGCACCAACCGCUCUAUAUUCCUCUCAACCCGGCCGAUCGCCAAAGCCGCCAACUCCAAGCGCAGUAUUACGCCGACACGACGAGCACAAGUAUCCAGAAACUGGCACCUGAGCCCGUUCUAGUUGUCGUGUCCACUAGGUGAACGUUGUCUACUCUUCUAUAAUAUUGUCUCGUGAGAAAAGAAUUCAUUUUGCUAGCCCAAGUGGCAUGCAACCGACGCCGGUAAAUUAUGUUUCUACACAGAUCUUCUGCGAACAUGUGGUGUUGAAACUAACGGUGACAAAAACCUUGUACAGAUGAUUGUUCAUCCUUUUUUUUUGCUGGAGAUACGCAAAUGCCUUUCCCAGAACCAAACCCAAGACAGUUUAUUAAUUUACUUUAUAUUUUGUUAUGAUCUGAGCCUUCUCGUUUAGAUUAUACCAUCGAAGCCAGAAUGAGAGCAUAAAAAGUACUUCCUAAGAAAAGAAAAGCCCGAAAAAAACAUGCCUGUGAUUUGUGUUCUAUUUGGUGUGACUGAUAAUGAAAAAGACCAGUUUAGAAUUACGUUUUCUGUUCAUGUUCAAUGGAGAUGUUAUUUAUCUUUCGUCUUCCAAAUGUUAUCAUUGUUUUGUGACGAGGUCGUCACUUACCUGCUAUUUGUUUUCACGUGCAAAGAAACAAUUCGGCUUGUCGCUAUGCCGAGAUGUCCUUCAACUACCCACCAUACACAUAUUGCUUGUUUCAAUAAAUGCCUUAU